UGACAUGAGAUCACCACCAUUAAACGACGUGAUUUAUACACAACGAAGAAAACGAAACUCAGGAAAAGCCCUCUUCUCAUUUCAUCUUAGAACAACCACUUCCACCAACUGAUCAGAAUUCCAAGGGAUCCACCGUAAUUGCAGAAACGGGUCCUCUACCAAUUGGAGCAUGCUUGCAUCUAGAGUUUGGGCAACUGCAAAGAGUGCUUCAGUGCGAACCAUCAUGACUGCAGCCGGAGCCGCCGGACGAACUAUCAAAUUUGGGCCCUUUGAGGUCACAAAUCAGGUCUUCCUCACUACACCGCACUCUUUCGCGCUGGUGAAUCUCAAACCGCUGAUUCAAGGCCAUGUUCUCGUCUGUCCGCAUAACCCGCAUAAACGCCUGACAGACUUGACGCCCACUGAGAUCUCAGAUCUCUUCACAACAGUGCAGCUCACCCAGCGUCUACUUGCACGUGCUUACUUCCGCAACCCCGAGCCUGAGGCCGGAAGCUUCUCAGUUGCUGUUCAAGACGGAGCUGACGCGGGGCAGACGGUACCACAUGUUCACGUCCACGUCGUUCCGCGGACGGCUGGGGACAUGGGAAGCCCAGAUGCCGUGUAUGUUAAACUUGCGGGGGAGGAGGGCAAUGUCGGUGGUGCGUUAUGGGAUAAGGAGAUGGGCGCCCGACCGAAGCCGGGUGGAGGGUUGAGGAGAGUCGAUGACGAGGACCGAAAAGCAAGAAGUGUUGAGGCGAUGGCUGAGGAGGCGGAACGGUAUAAGGCUAUUCUGAAGGAGAUGGGCAUUGAAUAGACGUAGUGAGGCAUUCUUUGUAGAUCAUAGAAGUCUAGCUGUAUAUACGAUAGGCGUCAUUUUGAAACGAACUCGAGAGCGUCGUAACAUAACCGUAAUAUUGAUCUCUAAACUUUUCAUUGG